UCAGUCAUUGGAAACAUUCAAGCAAAGGUUGGACAACUAAUUUUCCGGAACAAAAGGAAACUCAUGCAUCAGAAAAGGUGACUAAUAAACAUACCAAUAGAAUAUGGCUGCACAAAUACCAGAAUCUGAUCAGAUAAAACAGUUUAAGGAAUUUCUUGGAACCUACAAUAAACUUAUAGAAACCUGCUUUUUGGAUUGCGUUAAAGACUUUACAACAAGAGAAGUAAAACCUGAAGAGCAGAAUGAAGCCCUGGCAGCCAAAGCAGGACUUCUUGGCCAACCACGAUAG